AUGAUUCUAACAAAGCAAUACCGAUGCAUACACUCAUCAAGCUGUCAAUGCACAAAAGGGCAUCUAAGUGAAGACGUGAUAUUCUUAGUCUUUCAACAGCUGAACUGGAACCCCAAGUUGAUAGCUGCUCUAUCAUGUUCGUGCAAGUGGUUCGAUGACCUUGCCAAGCGAGUAUUAUGGAAAGAGUUCUGCAAGACAAGGGCUCCAAAGAUGAUGGUUGAUCUACAAUCAAGCGGAAGUCACAGUGUUGAUGGAAACUGGAGGGCACUGGGGAAGUUGCUCAUCUACUGUUCAGGAUGUAACAAGGGUGGCUUAUUCAAUAACAUUCAGAUACCUGGCCAUUUUGUUUACAGGACUCGGUUUUCAAGAACUUCUGGGAAAUCCUUUCUUCUGCCUCAGUGUAGAACUGAUGUUCUAUAUGUUUCGGACCCAUGUGAGCAUCUAGACCAAGGGGAUGAAGGGGAUAUAGGAUUUUUUAGAGGGAUUUUCAAGUCAUUUUCAAUGUCGAAGGUGAGGAAGUUGCUGAUACAAAGAGGGGUCCCACUGCACCCUACACAUGUGUGUCCAUAUUGUAAGGCGAAGCUUUGGAACAUGCUUCAAGCAAAGAUGAUACCAACGAGCGCAAGCUGCAGAUUGGGUUCUUAUGAAGAUUGCAUUGAGUAUUAUGUGUGCCUUAACGGUCAUAUGCUGGGAAUAUGUACCCUCUUACCCUUGUCAGAGUCGGAAGAGGUAUCUGAGAUCGAGUGA